UGUCUCGGUUUCGUAGCAUGGAGUGAUGAAGUGGGGGCAUUUAAAUGUGAGACCCUGAAGACCGAGGCUGAGGAGGUCAUUCCGCCGGACAACCUGUAACGCGAGCGGGCCACUCUCUUUUCUUCAAGCGGCGGUACCAUCUCUUCCCUAAUCGCUCUUGAAAAAUCUUUUCUUAGGGGCAUCUGUGGUGAGGGUGAAGAGGGGCAACUAAAGCGCUGCGAUAGUAAUGGUGGACCUUUUGUGGCCCUUGCUGGGGUUUGCCAUUCCAGCAAUUCUAACAGGCCAAGCCAUUAGAGUGAAAAGGAGGCGUUCUGAGGAGCAGCGUCUUAAGGGUAUUCGAGGGCGUGAGAAGAACUCAGAUGAAAUUUUUGUCUGCGAAAGGGUUUGUACUUCAAAAAGAAUGUUGAAGAAGGUUGGUGCAUUCUCAAAAGACCCAAUUCCUGACACAUGUGUUACUGUUUGUGGUGUUUCUGAGCUUGAUGCUUGUGCUGAUGCUUGUGCACGGACAGUUUGUGUUAACCAACACCAGGUGCCCAAUUGGAACGACAUCUGCCUAAAACGGUGCCAAAGUGAAUGCCUAAAGUUGUCAUCAUCAUCGAUUCGCUAGACCAAUGUUUGUUCUUAUUAAACACCAUUUAGGUUGUUGUCUCUAUAGACUAUUUGCUCCAUGUACAAUAAGUUUUGUUACCUCAUUGCACCUUCUUGUUACUUCUGAGUUAUGGUUAAUUUGUGCUUCUCAUGUAAUUUCAUUAAAUAUAUAGUGUUCUGAUGGGGUGGGUGAAUUUUUGUUUUGAUAUUGUUGAACUAUUUUGUGGUUUAACAGGUUCAUAGCUAGGAUCUUUGUAGGGAGCCCACAGUAUUAUUACUUUCAUAGUCAAUGCGGACAAGGGUGUCAUCAUCAAGGCAUCCCUGAUAUGGUUUAUUGGGAAGGAACCAUGUGUUGCCUAAUAACAUUUGUUUGAAGUAUGAAAUUUUUAAGAGUCUCAGCUUGAUGGUUCUGUAGUAUAUGUUCUAAACCCAGUAUUGGAAGCCCUUGUAAAGCAAUAGAAAUGUACCAUGUGCUGUGCUGAAUA